CCCUACUACCGACUCACUCUGUCGUAUUCAGAAUGGAAUGUCGUGCUAAUGUUUCCACAGCAGGUCGUGCUGAGAGGAACUGAAGCGCGCUAGCAAUGGACAGGUCCUGUUAGCUGGGGCUGAAUCCCAAACGGAAUCUUAUAGGAUAUAUAGUGCACUUGAAAGGGUCUACAAACUAUUGGUUCUGUCUUUUUUUAUUUAUUUAUUUAAAAAAAAAAAAAAAACCUCAGUGCUUCACAGGUGGCGUGAUAUUUUGACAUUGCGUCUAGUGUGCUAGUGUGGUGUGGAGGUACAUUGAGUUAAUAUAGGGUGUAGUGCACUUGUAUAGGGAACAUGGAGUAAUUUGAAAUUCAGCCAGGAGUGCUCCACAGCAUCUCCAAAGCAGACUGGAAAUGUAAAGUGUGUUUAUGCUUCAACUUCUUGGGGUUGCCAGGUUUCAGUAACAUUUCCAGCCCAACUGCAUUUCCAAAGACCUGAAACUAGCCCAAAAAUUGGGGCAUUGGGUUUGCGAUCACAAAGACACAUGAUCAGGCAGAAAACAUUCAUGUCGACAUUAUGGGUUGUGGCGCCUCAGUAGCCACUGAGAACCAAGGAAGGCCGUCAGAAAUCGAUUUGAUGGUCAAGCCGCCCAGCCCAGUACUGACGAUGAAAGCUGCAGUACUGAUCCAGCGCUGGUACCGGCGUUACAUCGCCCGGCUCGAGAUCAGGAGACGAUACACUUGGAACAUCUUCCAGUCCAUAGAGUACGCGGGAGAACAGGACCAGUUACAGCUUUCCAGUUUCUUCAGCUUCAUGUUGGAUAACUUCACACAUCUCAAUGGGAAUGGACCAGAUCUGAUCUCUCACCUGCUGGACCCGGCCGUAGACCCUGUAACAGAGGAACUCAGACAGUACAAGUACGAGCAGAUCACAGUUCCCGAGUCAUACAUCGGCCCUCGCCUCUCCUUCCCCCUGAGCGUCACUGAUACCAACACCCUGCUCAGCGCCUUCAAGGAGCAGCAGAUUCUCCAUGCCAAAUACGUGCUGCAGCUACUUCAUGAGACGCAGAAGUUUCUAAAACAGAUGCCAAAUGUCAUCUACCUGUCAUCGUCCUAUGCCAAGGAAAUCACAAUCUGCGGUGACCUACAUGGAAGACUAGAUGAUUUGCUCCUUAUAUUCUAUAAGAACGGUCUGCCAUCUGCUGAGAACCCCUACAUAUUCAACGGGGACUUUGUGGAUCGUGGUAAGAAGUCCAUGGAAAUUAUCAUCAUCCUAUUUGCCUUUCUGCUCCUCUACCCAGAUCACAUGCACCUCAAUCGAGGCAACCAUGAGGAUCACAUCAUGAACCUGAGAUAUGGCUUUACAAAAGAAGUGAUGCAGAAGUACAAGACCCACGGGAGAGAAAUCCUCCAGCUCCUUCAGGACGUGUUCAGCCUGCUCCCAAUUGCUACCAUUAUCGAUAACAAAGUCCUCAUUGUUCAUGGCGGCAUCUCGGAUGAAACUGACUUGGACUUUCUAAGCUCUGUUGAAAGACACAAGGUAAAGUCAGCUUUGAGGCUACCCAAGUGCAGUCUGGAUCACAUGCGUGUCUGCAAUGACAGCAAUGGCAAGUCGAAGCGGAAGGAUAAGAGUCGCCUCACCUGGCAGAGCAGCAGCUCCUCUUCCUCCUCCUCCUCCUCGUUGUGCUCACCCCAGGGAUCACGGUGUGCUCCCCCAUCCCCCAGACUCCCUAGCCCUGCUGACAUACUGCAAGUUCCCUUCCUCGACUCCAUAGUGUCACUUGCUAUGCCUGAGGCACCCAGAGAAGAGCUGGAGUGGAAGCAGAUUGUGGAUGUGUUGUGGAGCGACCCAAAGAGCCAGAACGGAUGCAGUCCGAACACGUUCCGUGGCGGAGGAUGCUACUUCGGGCCCGAUGUUACACGUCGGCUUCUGGAAAAGCACGGCAUGCGCCUACUUAUUCGAUCACAUGAGUGCAAGCAGGAGGGCUAUGAGCUCUGCCAUGAUGGACAGGUAAUCACUAUUUUCUCGGCAUCUAACUACUACGAGGAGGGCAGUAAUCGUGGUGCGUACAUCAAGCUGGGUCCAGAUCUGAUCCCACGUUUCUUCCAGUACCAAGUGAGCCGCAGCACCAGGAAGCUUACUUUGCAACAGAGAGUCAGUGUGGCUGAAAGCUCAGCUCUAAAGGCUCUGCAGGAAAAGCUGUUUGCCCAUCGCUCUGAUCUCAUGGCUGCCUUUCAGCAAUAUGAUAUCUACAACACAGGCAAGAUCUCCACCAAUGAAUGGGCUCAAGUAGUGGAAUCAGUGCUGAGGUUGGAUCUUCCAUGGCGUACUUUGAGACCACGUCUUGUGCGCCUGGCCUCUGAUGGAAAUGUAGAAUACGAGUCAUGCUUUGAAAACAUUGGUCCAGGGCAACCUAUGCCACAGGUGGCACCAAACUUAGCAGAAACACUGUACAGGUACCGAACUGACCUUGAGAUCAUCUUCAACAUCAUCGACAAGGACCAUUCAGGUCAGAUUUCCAUCGAGGAGUUCCGCCAGACAUGGAACCUGUUCAGUUCUCACUUGGGUGUGGAUGUGGAUGACCGAGCCAUUGAUGACAUGGCACGCAGCAUCGAUUUCAACAAGGAUGGCAGCAUCGACUUCAAUGAGUUCCUGGAGGCCUUCCGGGUCGUACAUAAGCUGGAUGUGAAGGACCAACAGCAAGGCUGACACACACGAUCACAUAUGACAAGACAAUAUAACGCACUGUUGAUCAAUAGCGCAGAUAUUGAUUGAUAUGAAAUGAAUGUAUCUGUACAUCUGCAUUCCAAUUCAUUUUAAUUUAAUGGCAGUGGAUCAUAAUUGCACUUCAUUUAAAAUUCAAAACAAAUGCUGAAAAAAUGGUCAUAUAUAGUUGGUCAGCAUUAAUAUGCUUAUUAGAUUUAAGCCUGCUUAUUUAGGUUUGAGUUUAUUCUCUUUAUAUUUACAGUAUAAUCUAGUUGAGAAUACAUAUGUGAAACUUGUCUGUAGCACACACUGUGCUGCUACUGUAUUUGAUACAGUGAUGAAUUGAUGGAUAAUUAGUGGAUAUUGAUGGAAUUAUACUUAUAUAAUAUGUUGUACUAUGGAAAAAACAGACUGUUAACUGCCAACAACACAUUAGGGUCAUUGUGUCUGAUGUAAACUGUUCAUUGCAUUCAAACUUGAUUUUAAACUAACGCUAAACACGGUACAUAUAAAACGUAAACAAGGCAUGAAACAGACUCGUGCAUGGCUGCAUUACGGCUGCAUAUUUUUCCUUCCGAGACAAUUCAUUCUCGAUACCUGAACAAUAAUUUGAUGUAUGCAAGAUUUAAUGCAGCCGAUAAAUCGGUACAAUUAUACAAGAGCUGUUUUCAUUUGAUAUGAUGUGAUUCAGUGUUGUUGUUCGAUGAGUAGUGUUCAGUUACACUUUGCUGGACUUGUGGUCAGUAUCGAUGAAAGAACAGCCUACAGACUGGAUAGUUUCCUUUCAGAGUGUGCUGGCACUGGCUGUACCCGGAUGUCCUUUUAGAGGUCAUGACAUUUUGGUGUAUAGGUAAAAACUACUUAAUAAAAACGUUUUUAUUCAA